CUGAAACAGAUCGUGUUUUCUUAUGUUAGUCUGAGGACGUUCCUGAAGGAACUGUCUGACGUGACAUUGGAGUCGCUGCUCUGAAGUUUUCUUAUCGGUCUUGGUCUUUUUGAAGUCACUGCUCAGACUGCUCAAAAACAAAAAUCAAUGAAGGAGAGAAGAGUUAGUGAGAAAUUAUUUAAAUACAGGAUGGAUCCCAGUCAGAGUGUGAAGUGUAAAAUAGUGGUCGUGGGGGACAGUCAAUGUGGGAAAACUGCUCUGUUGCACGUCUUCGCUAAGGAUUGCUUUCCAGAGAGCUACGUUCCUACAGUGUUUGAAAAUUACACAGCCAGCUUUGAAAUCGACACACAAAGAAUUGAACUCAGUUUGUGGGAUACUUCAGGGUCGCCAUAUUACGACAAUGUGAGGCCUCUCUCAUACCCUGACUCCGAUGCUGUCCUGAUCUGUUUUGACAUCAGCCGGCCAGAGACCUUGGACAGCAUCAUGAAGAAGUGGAAAGGAGAGAUCCAGGAGUUCUGUCCCAACACCAAGAUGCUACUGGUGGGGUGCAAGUCAGACCUGCGCACAGACCUCACAACACUGGUGGAACUGUCCAACCACAGGCAGGCGCCGGUGUCAUAUGAUCAGGGCUCGCACACAGCCAAGCAGCUCUCCGCCCCGUACAUCGAGUGCUCGGCCCUGCAGUCCGAGAACAGCGUCCGGGACAUCUUCCACCUGGCCACGCUGGCCUGCGUCAGCAAGAACAAGAAGAACGUCAAGCGGCGCAAGUCCUCCCGCGGCUCCAAGCGCAUCUCUCACGUGCCCAGUCGGCCUGACCUGUCUGCCGCGGCGUCCGACAGGCGCAAGGACAAAGCCAAGAGCUGCGCGAUCAUGUGACGGGGGCCUGACCGAUGCGAUUUUCUGGAUGCUGGGACCGGGGGGCCGGGCCGAGCCAGGCACGUGGACCCCCUCGACAGUCGCGCGUGUGCGGAGCGACAGUGACUGUGGCGGUGAUAAGGGUUUUUGGGGUGUUUCUGCACUUUAAAGCAUGUGUGCUUUGUGUUGGGUUUGGGUUAAUGCACUCUGCACAACCUGAAGUGAGCCAGAGUACAGUGCCAUUGAUAAAUAUGAAGAAAUGCAUACGUGCCCUGCGGAGAGGGUUCCGGGAGCCUCAAAGGCUUGUCGGGGGUCUUGGUCAUGGUGAUGUUGACCUCGGUUGUGCAGAAAUGAGCAGAGGGUGUGGGUGUGAAUAUAGAGUCUCGAGUGACUCCCCACCAUGAGCCUGCCGUUUGGCCUGAAGUCACUCUGAGCUGCGCACCACAGGGUGCGGGACUGGAGUUGAGUCUCGACCUUAGCCUGGAGGACUGUCUUCACUGGUGUCCUGCCGUUUCAGUAACCUUCCAAUGCAUAGCCUCCCUGGGCUUCCUAAUCACACUUUACAAGCCUUUUCUGUUCCCAAAGCUGCUUAUCCUUUGGAACAGCUUAAUAUUUCUUAGUCAUGGGCUGGGUAUUGAAACAUGGUGUUCAACACGUGAAGUGCAGUACCAGUGUUAUGGUUGGCCUUAAGGUCUUCUACUCACUACAGAGUGGGAGGUGUCAUCAGCUGCUCUGUUAUGAGAACAGUGUAUUUGUAUUCUCAAGGGCAGCAUUAUCCACUAGCUGGCAUAUGCAUCUCUAUUUAAUUUUUUAUCAAAUAGAAAUUUAUGAAAGUGUUAAACUGUAGAAUGUCACCCUUUUGAAUGUUGAAAGCAGUUUGUAAGUCUGUUUUAUUGAUGUUUCAGAAGUAUUUAUUGAACAGUAUAUUUUUCCUUUUGAAAUAAAUUCAAAAUAAAAAUUGUCUUGGCACUUAA